CCGUGGUGAAGGUGAUACGCGAGGCUUGACCAGCUCCUCCCCUUCAUGGCUCUUACUUUUCUAAGCCUCAUCGAUUUUUUUUUACGUUAAUUGCAACAAUACCCGAAGGUCCCCCGGUUCGAGCCCCGGGUAUGGUUGGAAGCCCCGAGUGAGUCCCAGUUGUGGCGAGGCGUAUAGAAGUUUAUUAUAUUGCAUUGGAGAAUCGAGGAGGUAGCCAGAUAUAAUACCCCCGUUGUCUGUCUACCUGUCUCACGCACCUGUCCUCAUUAGUGCUUCUGUCUGGAUACCUGGAUACACCUUUGGCACCCCCCGCCCCCCCCUUCGCACCCCCUUCCAGCCCCGCCCCGCCCCGCCCCGCCCCAGCCAGCAUGUGACAGCUGGCAAGAAGCUUGGCUGCUAUGAAGCUUACCUGGUACUGUGGUGAGCCACCGGUGGUCCUCAGCACCCUAACUAUGGACGACCAGCAAGAUGAAUAGACGCGGGGGCAACCGAGCAAAACGCAUCACAGAGUCCAAGGCUUCAGGCAGUGCUGGCCGUGGGGCUAGGACUGCCGCCCGGAGGGAGGGAGAGCUUGCUACUCAGCAGCCCUCCCAAGUUAAUGCCUCUUCAGGAAAUGGCCUGCCUCAUGGGAAGAAGGAGGGCGAUGGCCAGACUCCAGGGAAGGCUCGCAAGGAAACUGUGGUAGUGGGCAGAGGGGAUGAUGGCGGUGGGCCUGGUGAGGGAGUGCCCCACGCUGGGGGGGAGUCCACUGUGGUGACCAGCCAGGGCCACACCUCAAACUCCAAGAUGCCGGCUGCCACAGUGAGUCAUGCCCCACGCGCUGCCGCCGCAAACUCCAGCAGGGGGUCUGGCUCUACUGGAACUGGAGGCUCAGGGUCCUCCUCCACCUCAUCCAAGGAGGAGCGGCAGCCGGUUCAUGAUGUCUGCAAGUUACCCAAGAAGCGGAAAUUUGAUCCGGCAGAGCUGGAGGACAUGAACGGAGGACCCAAGCCAGUGAUAGGUCCUGCCAGCCAGCCUGCAGCCCCAGCAACAACCACUGCCACAGCCACCACUGGGCUGGUGGUCAUGCCAUCCACCCCCGUGCGAGGCCCGUCCAUCAGCACCUCAGUUGCAAGUCCUGCGGUGAGUGCCGCCGGUGUCGCCAGAACUCCGUCAGUGUCCGCCACGGACACAUCAACCACCCAGGGGGUGUCCACCCAGGCUGAGGCUGCUAAUUCCUUGGAGAGCAAGCCACAGGACCUCAGGGUGAACACUGGGGGUGGGAGCCGCAGCAGCGUGGACAGUGAGAGUGAGGGAGGCCGAGGCGGUGCCAGCAGCAAGAAUGGCCUGGAGAAGCACAGGCCGGGCAUGUCUCCUGUUCCCUCCCAGCCCGUCAACAUGACAAGCACCAGCCUCACAGUUGCGUCACAUCCCACAGUGGCUCACAUCUCCGUGGCCACGCAGGGGAUGAUGACCUCCCAGCGCGCCGCGCACUCCCAGUCCUCCACACAGCUGAAGCACCCAUCAGUGUCACAGACUUCUUCCAUCUCUCACGCUGCCACAGUCUCGGCGCACAUUGCUGUCCCACAGCAGCAAGCCAUCGUAACAAUCCCACAGUACCAGGUUCCCCACACCACUUCUCAGCAGUUACAUCUUCAGCACCAGAGACAAAAAGCACAACAGCAAAGACAGCAGCAGCAGCAACAACAACAACAACAACAACAGCAACAACAACAACAACAACAACAGCAACACACACAGCAGCAGCAGCAGCAGCAACAUGUACAUCAGCAACAGCAACACUCACACCAGCACCAACAAGCUCAUCAUCCACAGCAACAGUCACAUCAGCACCAGCAACAACAACAACAACAACAAGCUCACCACCAGCAGCAGCAACAGCAAUCCCACCAACAGCAGCAACAACAACAACAACAACACCCACAAUCUCAUCAUCUUUCACAGCAGCAGCAGCAGCAGCAACAACAACAACAACAGCAACUCCAGCAGCAGCCUCACCUCCAGUCCUCCCACCACCCGACACACCAGCCUCUGCACCAACAGUCACACCACCCGCAGCAUCACCCACAGCAGAUACAGAUUCAGCAGCAGCAUGUUCAGCAACCUCACCAUCAGUCAGUGUCCCAGGCUCAGCAGCUACAGCUGCAGCAUACAGUCAGCACGGGAGGCCAUCACACCCUACAGCUGGCCCAUUUGGUGCCCCCGGCUGCUCACGCACAGCCCGGGGUGACACAGGGCUCCACGGUGCACCUCUCGCAGUCUCCGAGCUCCAAGUACGCCGGCUACAAGAGUGUUGUGGACGUGGCUGCCCAGGCCACCCUGCCGUCGCAUCACAUCUCCGGCGAGACGAGAGAGGGAGGCGAGGUGCCGAGGACGCCUGAGAUGUGGUCGUCGCAGCAGGGCGUGGCCCGGGCGCCAGUGGACCUCAAUGAGUGGCGGGGACACCGGGUGCUGGCCAAGAGGGGGCCACACUACUACCCAGCAGUGAUUAUCAGUGUUAAAAAUGCUUGUGAUCUUGUUGUGAGGAUUGACGCAGAGUCCAUCGGUGAUCUCGUGUACAGCAGUGUCUUUACCACUGGAAAGUUUGACGUGAUAAGUGACGCCGUGCCCUCUGCCAAGCAGCUGGUGGACGGGGCGAGAGUAGUGGUGCGUUUGGACAAGGAGCAGCAGAUGUUUGUUGAGGGAGUAGUGUAUGAGAAGCAGGGCUCCCCCACCACCCAGUACCUGGUACGCAUAAGUGGAGAGACAAACGGUCAGGGCUCUGGAGUCAGUAAUGAUCACUGGCUCCAGAGGCCACACCUGCGGUUACUCCAGCCGCCCUGGUGGGAGGAUUUGGAACCUCACGGACAGUCGUCACUACUCUCUUCCUCUUCCUCCUCCUCCUCCUCCUCCUCCCACCACUUUUCCUCCCACAAGCCUGUGAGCUACAUAUCCCCGGGCUUCCAGGAGACGCCUGCCCCUCACCUUGUUCCCGCCGCUGCCCCCUUCUCCCUGGUGCCCACCACCUACGGCACCAUCACGCCACCAAACCAUGUCACACCCCCGGGCAGCGUUGCCAUGACCCCCAUCAGUGGGCAGUCAGGGUCCGUGGGCCUCAGCUCAGGAUCAGAAGAGUUACGGAGACGCCAGAUGGAGGACUACGACAGCGAUGACGACCUGAGGAGAGAGGACAUCACGUUUCCUACUGAAGGUGGCCAUUACAGCGGCAACCAUCGCUCCUUGUCGCUGACGCCCGGUGCACUGGGGAGCAAGUAUACGAACGACCCUAAGCGUACCUCCAUGCACAGCAGAGGCUCCACGUCAAGCCUCAUAGAGCAAGGCAGCAUUGGCACCACCACGCCUCGCUCCACCCCGGUGACACCCAGGUCAGGCACUGCUACGCCGCUAAAGUAUAAGAAAGGAGAGGUUGUGACUACGCCCAACGGCAUUAGGAAAAAGUUCAAUGGCAAGCAGUGGCGGCGGCUGUGUGGCAAGGACGGGUGCAGCAAGGAGAGUCAGCGGCAGGGGUACUGUUCGCGCCACCUAUCCAUGUACGGCAAGAGGCUACGCAGCUCCUCCAUCACCUUCACUCCGGGGAAAGACACCCCCAGCAUGGAAGGCGGAUGGGAGGAGAUAUCCUGUGAUUCCGACACCUCCCCCAACUUCAAUCUCACCGCACCUCGCUCCCAGGACGAGACAGAAGCUGCUAAUAUGCUGAUGACUCUGAGCAACUCCUCGAGAUCAACAACACCGGCGGGGUACUUCUCUCCUACGUCUAUCUCCCCUCGAGCUAUCCAGAGCCCGGUGACGGUAGGCCCCAAAGGCAACGUGUUCAUGCCCAUUUCCCAGCCCGGCGCCGCCAUCACCUCCCCCACCGGGCGCCCCUGGACCACCCACGACAAUAUCAACAGGCAUCCAGCGCCGCUCCUGCCUCAGAGACAAAUUAUUAGGCCUGAGUUGCUUCGUCCGGUGACCAAAAUGCCGCCAACUAUGGUACAUGUGGCCGGUGGCACGAGUGUGAUCCGUGCCUCUCCCAGCCAGGGUGUGCCAAUGGGCCAGCCUCAGGGCAUCACCAACCCACAAGAUGCAACAACACAUCAAACCCCCGAGUCAGUCAUCCAGGAGAGGAGGUACAUUCAUAACUUCUCUCGGGGCAUUGGCAUCAACAGCCAAGCCCUGGCCUCGCAUCAGGGCCAUGGGUCCAGAAUCUUGGCUCCUGGAGUGACUGUCACCUCGGCCAACAACCAGGCCACCGUGGCCAUCCUUGAGAAGGUUCUCACGUCCUCGGUGCCCCACACUGCCAAACCCAACAAUGACUCACAGCCACAAGAUCUCUCAAAUAGGUUUCGUCCUUUAGAUAAAUCGGGGUUUAAUGGAGAUCAAGCAACUAUCGUGGUGGAUGAAGCUGUAGGGUCCACUGGUGAACAGAUGACUGCGGAGACCACAGGGGAGCAGGAAGGGCUGCUCUUACGUGCCAACAAUGCCGCGGUGAGGGAUGGCAUGAUAAGCCUCCCGGAGCAGGCGUCUUUUACUACCAGUGGCGGGAAACACGAUGCCGGUGAGGACAAGAACAGCGUCGGCAACCAGGCAAAAUCCGAACUCACCACGCUGGCCUCACCCUUCACCACCAAUGGGGGUGCCGUCAUCAUCACCACCCAGCAGCGGGGUCACGGGGCCACUGCCGAGCACGUGGUCAUCCACACACAGGCGGUGAAGGAGGAGAUCACAGUGGAGGCCAAGUGGGACAAUCAUCACCAGCAGCAGCAGCAGCAGGGCCAGCAAACCUACCACUGGAGUCAGCUCGUCCCUUUCAUCACAGCGCCGAAUAAGAACGCAUCUGGGCAGCAGCAGGGCAAGGGUGAAUCUGAUCCCAAGCCAACCGUGAACGGGGAUGUGACGGUCAACGGGAAGGGGCCCACCGGCAGCACCAGCGAGGCCCGAAUGUCCGAGAGCGGCCAGUCCCGGCGCGAGUUGUGUGGUCAAGAUGUCGACAUUGACUACGGCGAUGAUGACGACGUGUUUGUGUCCGACCUUGACGCCUCCACUACUGCCACCACUGACAACAAGGGCCGGACGCGCUCCCUGGGCUCCUUCUCUGGCAAGGAGGAGCCCAAGAGUCCAAGAAAGGGUAAAGCAGACAAGGAACACAUCAGGCGGCCGAUGAACGCCUUUAUGAUCUUCAGCAAGCGACACCGGCCUCUGGUCCACCAACGCUACCCCAACCAGGACAACAGAACAGUGUCCAAGAUCCUGGGGGAGUGGUGGUACGCCCUCGGCCCGGAGGAGAAGCAGAAGUACCACAGCUUGGCAUCGGAGAUCAAGGAGCAUCAUUACCGAGCUCACCCAGACUGGAAAUGGUGUAGCAAGGACCGACGGAAGACCUCCUCCAGCUCCAACAAGAGUGAUGGGCCCCCAUACACCCCAGGGGCUCAGGGCGUGGACAGCAUGCCUCUGACCCCUGGCGGCACAAACAGUGGGCAGGUGUUCACGCCGGGAGGCCCUAACAGCAGUGGUCCGCCCCUCACCCCCAGUGCAACGGCAAGUGUGUCGGACUCCACGGUCGGUACCAACAGAACAAUACAGGUGUCUGCUGCAGGGACCCAGCUCACUAUAUCCCAUCCAGCCGUCACAACCAACAGUACGGUCAAUAAGCAGUUUCUCGUGCCUGGUAACAGCGUUCAGGCUGGCUCCAGGAGAGACACGGUAGGCUCGGUGUCCGAUGACGACUCCAAAAUGGUGAUAUGCGAAGACAGACCUCCGGAGACGAACGCCGAUCCCUCGUCCAACAAGGCAGACUCAAGUCAUGAAAUAGAUUUAGCUUGCAAAGAACAUGUUGGAGAUUCAGAUUCAGAAAACCAAAGUGAUACAGAGGUCAGCCAACGAUUACGAAGACCUUAUUCUCCUUCAGGUGGGGGAGAUGUUAAGUACAAGCCCAAGGCCAUCAAAGGAAGACCCUCGGUGGCAAAUGAAGAAGUGGUUACCUUGUAUGGCCCAACCGGAACUGCCCAGUUUGGUGCCGAUCAACUUCAUGCUGCCGGAAAACAGUCGUCCCUCCACCUGUCCUCCACUCCCACCCUCCACAUCCCCACCACCACCACCACCCUGCAGUCCACGGGCAGUGCCUUCAGGUCAAUGCCUCCCUCCCCUAAAGUGCGGAAUGUUACCGAGAACAACGUCAUCCAGCAAGAGGGUGACAAGGUGACAGCUCCCGUGUCCAGUGCCAGUUAUGGAGCCAAUAUAAAGAUAAUUAGCAAUGUGUCGUCUCCGGGCGGCCAGAGAACUGUCAUGAAAACAAAUCAAAUAAAAUCAAUUCACAAUCUCACCGUGACAACACAGGAGAGGAAGCCGGUGCUCGUGGACACGCCAAUUAGUUUACGCACAAGUAAAAAUGAGACUGUGAAGUGCAGCGGCAGCGUCACCGGCGUCACUCUGCCAGCAGGAACGCAGGUCAUCCCCAACAGCAACCACCAAGUGUACUACUCGGGGAUCAUCACCUCCACGUGUGCCACGCCCACCACCUCCGUGGGAACCAUUCCAAAAACUGCCAUUUUGAUGCCACAUUAUACCUUAGUGAAUGCUGGGGUGAAGGGGGGUGCCCUUGUGGCUCCAGGGGGCUCCUCCCCCAUGCAGGUCACCAAUGUGAUGGUCAAAACAAAUCCAGCAGUGCCUGUCGGCACUCAGUCAGGCAUAACUAAAGGGGUGUCAGUUGGGUCAGGUCAGCCAACCCACGUCCAGUACCUGGUGCCGUCAUUCACCCCCGAUGGGAAGCUGAUCCUGCCCAACAACCUGCUGGUGUCCACCGACCCGGCGGCCAAGCAGCUGACCGUCACCCCCGUGUCCUCGGCCGGGGGCGUCAGGAUGGUUCCGUCCACGGGGGGAGCGGCAACGUCCGACGCAGGGGGUGUUAUCAAGCCCCUCACGGUGACUGAGGUGGGCAAGACCUCCGUUACCUCGCAGGCUCAAGGUAUGGUGUUGAUCUCGGGCUCAAGAUCCGGCAUUGCUCCCGUUGGCCCCCAGCUGGGAGUGAGUCAGCCGGUCUCCCUCGCACACUCGCCGUACCAGACUCAUCCUGCUGUGACCCGAGGGAGUGGAGGCAACGGGGCCGUGGUGACCAACUCCCUCACGUCUGGAUCCAUCACUGCCAUAACCGUGCCAGUACAGCAGCAACAACAACAACAACAGCAUCACCAGCAUCAACAUCAGCAACAUCAUCAACAGCAACACCACCAACAGCAGCAGCAACAACAACAAACUCAGCAGCAGUCCUCACCUCCACAAAGUCAGCAGCAGCAUCAGUUACAGUCACAAGUACAAUCACAACCCCAGCAGCAGCAGCAGCAGCAUCAGGAACAGCAGCAACAAGCACACUCCCAGCAGCAGCAACACAAGGUCAAAGCACAAGUAGCCAACAUUCCCAUGGGGGGUGGGGGGGAGGAGGAGGAGCUGGAGGAUAAGCCCAAGUUCAUCCUGGCACCCACGCCGGCACAGCUGGGCAAGGCGCCGCGCCAGAAGAGGCUCAGCACGGGUCCAGUGUCUGCCAUAGCCGACACUCCACCCCAGCUGUCCCCAGACACCAAGAUGGCGCCGCCCCAGCACCCUUGUGGGGAGACCAAGGUGUCCCCGGGAGCCAACACCCCCUGUGAGGGAGACACCUCCAACCAGCAGACGCCUGUGCCGCCCUCGCCCAAUGAAAAGAAGAGCUUCUUCAAGAAAAACAUUGAAGAUGGCAUGGACAAGGUUUUAGAGGAAGUAAAUUUUGAGCAGAAGUUUGGUGCACUGCCAGAGUUCAACCCUGACGAGGUGCAGUCCCCCGGCCUCAACGCCAGCACGGUGCCCUCUGUUCCCUCCUCUCCAAGGACGUUUAUCAGUUCUUACAGGAAGAAGAGAAAGCAUUCCACUGGUGGGGAGGAAUCCGAGGCAGAGACUCCCAUGAGCGUGACGCCGCACAUGACGCCCUCCUGCACCCCUUCCUCCACCCUGCAGGGAUCAAAGUUCUUCCCGCCGGACUUCAACCCAGAAUCUUUCAAAGUUGGCGACAUCAGGGCCGAGAAGGCUGAGGUGGACUCCCCGGCAGGACGCUCCCCCAGGACACCAAAGACUCCCAGGGACUCCGACAAAAGCCAUUCCUCUCUCCGGCACAUCCUGGAGCAGCGGCGCACCUUGGUCAUGCAGCUCUUCACCGAGUACGGCUGGUUUCCCCCCGCUCAAGCAGUGGCAACCUUUCAGUCAAAAUAUUCAGAAAUUUUCCCAAACAAAAAUUGCCUGAUUCUGAAGAUCCGGGAAGUGCGGCAGAAAGUCCACCAAAACACCCCCAACACCCCCGGCGGCAUCCCCAGCAGCCCCAACCCUGCGGCGGCGGCGGCGGCGGCAGCGGCCUCACACGGAACAGGAGCCCCUCCCCCCCAAGUCAAUCACAAUAACCACCACAAUGCACGAGCCUCCCUCUCUGUCAGUGUGCCAACCUCCAGCCAAGCCUCCACUUCACUCCCCGUCACCACAUAAUGACAAACUCACCUAGAGAUGUAUUAUUAAUGCCUUUUAGGAUCACCACCUGAUUUUUUUGCACGCCAGCAUUGCUCUGUAUAGUACAGGACAGGUGUCAAAGUAAUUUUAGUGUGUACAGGAAUUUGAAUGUGAUUUCAGUGCAGCUUUAUCUACUGGUUUCUUGUCAAGUCCUGCGUUGACUUUGCGUAGUCAGCUGUAUUGGAUGUCAGGGCUGUUCCAUAAAUAUUCUGACACCUCAGGGGACCAGUGCAUUGUUUUAACGAAAGUGGGAAUGUCAUAGAUAAGUCAUUGACCUGAGGAAGAGGAACAAAAAGAUAUAAGAGUUUUCUAUUGGGGUGUUAUAAAUCAACUUUUACGGAUUAUUUUUAAACAAUUGUCAUCAUCAAUUUAAAAGAACAAUUACAGUUUCAUGGAGGAGCUUUCCUAGUUGUAAAUAUGAGCCUUAGUCCGUGUCCACUGUUGUAGACCAAGUGCUCACCAAUGCUGCUCGUGCACUUUUGCUCAAUUAUUUGCCUGUAGAAGAGUAGAGCAAAAAUCUAGUUGGAAGCCUGACCAGAGCCUCCACACCUUCUUGUGUUCUGUGCAAGAGAUGGCAACCUGGAGACACUACGUUGGUCUGCUCUGUAGCCUUAUUCAAGAAGUGCACUCAAGACUAGGAUUUAAACUUGGUUGUAUGAUAAUCCUCAGUGUUUAAUCGAUGUUUGACACUUGGAAAUACUUAUGACACUGCUUUCCUGCAUUUGGGUGUCAGUGAUGAAAGGACUUGUGCAAGACCUUAAUGUAUUUUGUACUAUGUGGGUUACCAUUUAAGGGAAUUUGUUAGCAAAAGUUACAUCAAACUUGAAGGGAGAAGGUGCCACAGCCAUUGCUUGCUCUUCUGUUACAGUCAUUGCAGAAUUGUACGGCAAUUAAUAUAGCAUAAUUGUAUUGGCUUUAGGUGUACACCCCUAAAGUAGGCAUAGUUGACCAAGCCCACCCGGCCACACGUCAGAAACUUGUCCUUCAAAAGUCCUAGAAGAAUUUUCGCUGUUUUGAUCAUACAGAAAUUUUUUCACAUUAUGUUAGUUUUUAUCUUUUUAAAAUUUUAUCACCAUUGCAUGUGAGAUGUUAAGGGGCAGCUGCUUCUGUUAAUAAGGCUUUUAUAAGAGUUUCCAUGAAACAUUAAAGUAUUGAGGUCUCAUGCUGCUGGGCGCUGCUGUACUGUUCUGAGAAGUAAAUUCCCAUCAACAGCUUUAUCAUUACCUAAUACUGAGACUUGCCUUAUUUUUGGUGUAUUGCCACUCUUAAAGUUUCACAUAGCCUGUUGGAUCCUUGGAACACAUUGUUGCUCGCUUUCCUCUAGAGAGACCAACAGCAGUGGUGCUUCUGCCAUAAGUUUUGUUGAAUUAAUUUCCAUUCAUAUUUUCCUUGUAUGAAACAUUUGAACAGUAAAUCCUAAGUUGUGGGCCCAAGCACCAGCACACCGUGGGCAGGACACAGAGCUGCAUGUCCGAUUGGUUGCCGAGUCGGAAGAACAAGUUGCCUUGGCGUGCUUAUUGGUUUAUGAAUUUGUAACUAUAAGGAGGAACUGAGUGAACCCUGACAGGAAGUAAUCAUGUCUGUCAACAAAUGGAGCCUAGCACGUUCCUGAUGGAAAACGAGUAUCACUUGAAAAGUAUUCGCCAGUAACCCUGAUCUCAAGUGCAUUGCAUUACAGGUUUUACAGAAAACUUUUUCUCAUACAUGGAGGUUUCAAGAAGUGAAGUGCAAUUUGUCACUAGAAAUCUUCAACAUUUUCAGCAUAGGGCAAGCUCAACAGAAGCAUUACCUGGUAUACACUUCAGAGUACAAUGGAAGCAGCAAUAUAUAUACAGGAAUUGUUGAGGCUUUGGGGUCUGAUAGCUUUACUCUUUAUGUAUUAUAAUAAUAAUUUGGCUGUAAAAAAUACGAUGGAAGAUUGUAGUAUAGUGCAAUAUUACAAACUUCUGUGAAACACAAACGUGAUGGGACCAGCUGUCAUGAGCUUCAGUGUGUGUGUUACUUGAGGCGCGAGGCGGGCGGCAGCGCUGCGGCCCGCGCCCGGCGUGUGGCUGAUGCUUCACCCUGGACGGUCGAGUCACGGAACAUGAAGGAACAUUGUGAAUAGUGUACAGUGAAUCUCAUUUAGUUAGUGAGUAAAAACCUGUACAGUGGGAUGAUUAAUGUUAUUUUCCUUCAGUGGUUGUUUAUGCAUCUUCAGAGAUGAAGCUUCAAGUGUUGAUAUCCAAAUUCUUAUGAACUGAUUUAAUUGCUGAUGUGUUUGUUGUGGUACAUCUCAUGUUGAUGGGAACAACCAACAUUUUUUUUCUUUUUGGGGCAAAACUAUCCAUUCCACACCUUGAUUUUUUAUCCCAUAAGGAGUUUCUCCUUAGGCAAUACACAACAUUUAAGAAUUUGGAACAAGUACAAUUGGCUGAAGCUCUGAAGUGUUAUUACGUAUAUGAAUUUCAUAUUAUGUAUUUGUUUAAGAUGCUUUCCUUUCUGAUUUCUUAGCUGUGAUAUUUUCCUUAUUUUUAUGCUAUAAGAGUCCAUAGACUGAGUCAAGAGCAGAGGUCAGUAUUGGAAGAGCCUAUGAGGGCGGAGAGAGUCAGCCAUGCUUGGUCUGCGGGGCGGGGCGGGGGUGUGCCUCGCCCCGGCCCCACUGGACACUAAAGAUCAAGAGCUCCAAGUAUUGUUUGCUCCAAACACGGUUUUCUACCCUAUGACAAAUAUUUUCUUCAGAUAAUAUUUCUUAAAGAUAUUUGAUUAUGUCCUGCAUUAUAGUACUUAAGGAGUGUUUAACAUGUAUAUCACUGAUGAAUUAAAUUACUUCAUAUGGAUAUAAAUAACUAGAGGGAUAGUAAAGUUAUAUAUGGAUUUGGUGAUGCUAGGAUUGUUUAGUACGAGUAGAGUUCUAUGGAUGUGAAUGAAGAACUGAUUUUGAGAAUGGUGUUUCAGAGGGUUCUAGACGGCUUGGAUGUUAACCAGUGUUAUAUUCUUUAAUUAAUAUUAGUGACCUUGAAGCUCUGUACAAUGAAGCCAAUUAGGAGUAAUUGUAUAUACUUGAGAGACUUUGUACAAGACAAGUGUUGUGACCGACAGUCUCUCCAUUGUGAAACUGAAUGGCUGACUUGAUAGGAGCUGUUUUUUAUGGAAUCUGGCCAAGCUGUGCUCAGUCCGAGGCAGUGGGUGCAAGCCUCUACUGACACAUGCUGCACGCGAUGCUUCUUCAUAGCUCUUGAGGUAUGAGUUGACAUCUCGGUGAGUGCUGUCAAUUAUUUGUGUUGAUGGUAUUAUUGUUUUCCUCUUUAGUACUUAAAGAAUGAAACCAAUAUACGGCUGCCAUCCCUAAGUCCAGUUGUGCCUGGCAUUAACUUGCAUUUCCUGACGUCUCCUUGUGUAUACUGUUAUAGUUUGUUUAUGUCUUCCAUUACUGAACUACAUACUUUGUUGUUAAUAUUUAAUGUUAUUCAAGUCUGUUUUUACAUCUUCCAGUGAGUAAACCGCACGUAGAGCAAGAUUAAGAAAGCUAUCAGAAGCAAGAUUUGGAAUAUGGCCAUAAGUUACAUAUGCAAAUUAGAUGUGCUGAAGUACGUAUCGUUUUCUAACUGCUGUGACAUCAAAGUGGUACCCAAGGAACAUAAGAACUUACAAAUGCUCAUGUCUCAGUUGUGUAUAAAUGGAAAGGGUGGUUGUUUCAGAAGUAUAUGCAAUAUAUUUACAUAUUUAGAACUGUUGAGACAAAGGUAGCAACCCAUGGUAACAAACUGGCCACCUGUUUUAAGGUACGCUGAACUCUGGUUACGAGGCAGCAGUGGAGUGAGGUCGCUUCCCGUCAUGCAUCGUUGAAGGAAGUUGCCUUAGCUCCUUAAUUGAUGUCCUGGGUAAUCGUUUCUAGUGUACUUUGCUCAAUAUUCAGUUGCACCGACAUGUUUAAUACAGGUUGAAGAGUAUGUAAUUAUUUCGCUACAGUAGUGCCAGUAGUUGUAGCUGUAGGUUAGACAUGGUGGAUGUAUUAUUACCAGUAGGUUGCCAAAUUUCUAGCGCCAUUGGGAGAUGAAGGAAAACUGUCCGGAAGGGUGGUAAUCCUUCCUUGGUGUUCGAUUAUGCGUCGUUUGCCACACAAUGAGCGGAGGCAUGUUUCCUUGGUGACUCGUCUUCAUCGCCGACAAGAACAGGGUCUUUAUGAGCUCGUCCAGAUCUUGGUGUUGAUGGGCUGCAAAAUAAUGCCAAUACUGUUUGUUCCUAAGUCCAGAAUUUUCAUAUUAAUUACUGUAUCUUUAUUUGAAUACAAGUUUUUAUGAACUAACUUUUCUAUUGUGCUACAGGAUGUUUGUUUGUUUGUUUGUUUGUUUCUUCACUGUUUUGUAGGUGUUGUUUGUGUGAUAUUGGUUGAAAAGUGCCGAGGGGGAGGAUUUGCUCCCCGAGGUUUUUUAUAUUUGAAAAAUGAAUAUCCAUUUACUCUUGCCAUAUUUCUUUAUGGAUUCACAGGUGCUGCUUGUGUAAGAUAGUACUGUGCUUAUUUUUGUCUAGAGUAUUAACUCAUUUUGGUACUUGUGAUGCUCACAAAUUUACCUUUUUUUGUUUGUUUUUUAGGAUGGGGAUGUGUUACCUCAUGAAUUAAUUUUAAUAGAUAUUGUUUAUGAUACAGGUGUAGUGAUGAAGCAUUGUCUUUAUCUAUUAUCUUUAUGCAUUUUUAUUGUUUUAUUUUUGUAAUGGGCUUUAAAUGCAAUACAGUACUUUAUUUGUCUGUCUUAAUUCUCAUGACCAAGUAAUGAACACAUGGUGCUUCCGUUUUGUUUGACGGCUUCGAUGCCUCCGGGAGGAGUGUGGGCGGUGCGGUGCAGUGGAUGCCACCAGUCUGGCCAGUGCAACACGGACCAGUGACUUUAGCAGGGAGUGUCUGCGGCACAGAGCAGGAGCCCGGCGGAACACUGGCUCAGGGGAGGGGAGAGGGGGAUGUGUUGCAAGUUAGUCUUGAAACUUUUAACAAACUCGGUGUUUAUUGUAUAAAUUUUUUAUUGAUAUUAAUGUGCCAUCAUUUCAGGCAUUUAUAGUUUUGCAUGUAAUAUUGUUUCAGUUUUUUUUCACAGAAGUGCAAUUUGAAGUGUAUUGAUGGGUUACAAGAGCCUAAAAAUAUACAGUUGACAAAAGAAAACUGGGUAACAUGACGCAUGACUUGUGUAAAUGGAUACAAAACUAUUCCUGGAAAUUUACUCCUAACGAGUGACUUCAGGUAUUCAGUGGAUUCCCGCCACAAAUGGUUCAUAGGCUUUCCAUGAAGAAUGAAACAACAGUAUUUAUGUUAUUAUUGUAUAAAGUUGUACAGUUGUCUUGCAUCAUAUACAGUCACUGUUUUUGUUAAUCAUUAUAUAAAUUUGUAAAAACUAUUUUCUACUUUUCAUAUUGUAUCAGUAACAACUUGGAUAGUGUUGUCAGUGCGGCAGGUACAGAGGCUAACCGUGUGAGACAGGGAGCGUCGGAGAGGAGGGAAGCCAUAAACUACCCAUGGUUGCAGUGUGAAGGUUAUUCUUGCAGUUAGGUGCCUUUAGUUCACGGGAGGACUGGUACUACUGACUUGCUGAAGCCACAAUGAAGACUGAUCCUGAGAAAUGCUUUCCCAGUUACAGGAAAUGCAAGUGCUAUCCCACACUUCCAUUGUAGGAUGUGGCUACUUCAAGUGCCCUGCAUGAAUCAUAAGUUUAUUACAGAAAGGUAGUCAAUAUUUUGUAAAUAAUCUACAAUACAGAUAGAGACAGAUCAUUUACUACAUUCAGAAUCAGCCAUUACCCCUACCAGCAACGUUUGUCUUUACACAUUGCCCUUGUUUAAGAAGGUUCAAGACAGUGCAGUCAAAGCUAUCCUCAAUAAAUGGAUCAUCAGCGUGAGAGCAAAAGUUAACAAGUGAUCGGUUGAAUAUUUGAGCCUGUUGGUUCUCAGCUGAUCUGCUUGGUUGAAAAAAUGAUCUGAAAGGUUGACUGGACCCCUAAAUGCCUUGUUGUGAAAAGGCUGGUCAUGCACUGGGCCCUGAACCAUGAGUAGGAGGACUAAAUGACAAAGAAUGUUGAUGUUGCCGUUAACUGCGAGGUGGAUCCAUGACGGAGAUGAUAAACUCUACACAAAUGUCAAAGUUUAAUGUUCUUGGCUGAGAGGAAGUCUCCCAAUCAGUUAAGUGAAAUACUUCAGAUUCAAACCAAAAGUAGCAUAUAGUUUUAUUCAGGUUUUCAUACCCCACGCCUGAAUUUUGAGAUAACAAUAAUACCCAUUUUAUAACAUUUCCCGAAGAACACGGUGAGGGACUCGAGGACGUGACCCUUGACACUCCCACGCCCAGUGAUAGGCUGCAGCAAUCAGGUCCUUGAACACUGUCAACACCACACCUGCUGACGGAGUGUGACACAGCUCUGUUCAUUUAUUUUACAAGAAAAUCUCUUUUUGAAGAUACUUUAGAUGUACAGGUAGCUUAAUUUAUAUUAAAUACUAGCACAGCUAUUGGAGAUAGCUUAAUAUUUAAGAUUACCUGUUCACUGGCAUUACUGUGGACAUUAGGGACUGGAAAUGUAUAGGAGAGCCACAGGUAUGGUGAGUGUGUUAGCGGUAGAGUUCCAUGUUACUAGAACACUCACUACGUACUUCUGGUUUAUUGAACUCUGAGUUAUAAAGACUAGCCAUUACCUAAAGGGGGUGUGGAAAGUGUGUGUUGGGCAUAUCCUUCUGUUUUAGGAAAAAGGAUACACAACAGCUGUUUAGAACUCCCUUUGACGGAUUGGCACAGCUUUUUACCAUUGCUCAACUGAUGCCCAAGUCUAAAUUUUGAAUAACUGGAAGUAUUUUCCCACAAGUGAAGCUCUGGUCUUAACAUCCCAGAGAAUCCGAUGCUAGUAAUCCUGUCUGAGGCUUUCAGGGAACACCAUCUUCAAACUUUUAGGUCAGUUUUCUAGAGGUGUGAAAGUUGUAAAUUUGCUAUUUUCACAAAAUUCUAUUUUUCCCUAAUCCUGUCACAUUAUGAAGAGUUGUGAAAGCCUGCCAGCAUUGUCAUAAUGCUUGACAGUGAACUUGGAUAUUAUUCUUUAUAUGUAAAAGUUCAUUCAAUACAACCUCUGUUAGGUCAUGACAUUUUACCAAGCCAUAAUUAUUAUAAUAAAUCCUUAAGUUUUUUA